UUUGAAGCCAACCCCGCCACUAACUUAUUGGGGGGCGAUCAAGGAUAAUUAUUGGCUACGUAUUGCUUUUUUGUAUUCAUGCUACAUUUGCUGCACUUUUUGUACAAUCCUUGCACCGAUGGAGCUCGAGAACAGGCUUAGGAGCUGACUUUGGAGAUUCUGACUUUUAGCCAGCAUUUAAGGUAACUGAACGAGAGGCGCAGUGUAGAGGAAUACGGAGAGCUGUCAAAAGGUUCAGAGUUGAAGACUCUGGACGCGACGAGAGCAUUAAUUUAAAUGGGGUCUCUGGGAAUAAGUGAGAUUGAUUAUAAGAGCAGCAAUGAGAACGAGAUUGAGUUUGAAUUCGAUCCCAGUGCCCCUCCUCCAUUUAGGCUGGCUGAGAUACGAAAUGCAAUUCCUAAGCAUUGUUGGGUUAAGGAUCCAUUCAGGUCCUUGAGUUAUGUAUUCAGGGACCUAAUAUUGGUUGCUGCAUUCAUUGGAAUUGCAAUUUACUUGGAUAGUUGGUUAUUUUACCCAAUUUACUGGGCUAUCCAAGGCACCAUGUUUUGGGCAAUCUUUGUUCUUGGACAUGAUUGUGGGCAUGGCAGCUUUUCAGACAGCCAGUUGCUAAAUAAUGUGGUUGGUCACAUGCUACAUUCUGCUAUUCUGGUACCCUACCAUGGAUGGAGAAUCAGCCACAAAACCCACCAUCAGAACCAUGGAAAUGUGGAGACUGAUGAGUCUUGGGUGCCGAUGCCGGAAAAGCUAUACAAGAAAGUGGGUUAUUCAACAAAGAUUCUAAGAUACAAAAUCCCAUUUCCAUUGUUAGCAUAUCCAAUGUACUUGAUGAAGAGAAGUCCAGGAAAAUCUGGUUCUCAUUUCAACCCAUACAGUGACUUGUUUCAACCCCAUGAGAGAAAAUAUAUUAUAACAUCAACUAUAUGCUGGACUAUCAUGGCAACUCUCCUCGUUUACCUAUGCACCGUCUUUGGUACUCUCCAAAUCUUCAACAUUUACGGCGCUCCUUAUUUGAUUUUCGUAAUGUGGUUGGACUUUGUUACUUACUUGCAUCACCAUGGCUAUGAGAAGAAGCUUCCUUGGUACCGUGGCAAGGAAUGGAGUUAUCUAAGAGGGGGACUAACAACAGUUGAUAGGGACUACGGAUUGUUCAAUAACAUACAUCAUGACAUUGGAACACAUGUUAUUCACCAUCUAUUUCCUCAAAUACCACAUUAUCACUUGAGAGAAGCGACAAAAGCAGCAAAAGUAGUACUUGGGAAGUAUUACAGAGAGCCAAAGCAAUCAGGGGCAAUUCCAUUUCACUUGGUUAAGGAUAUAACAAGGAGCAUGAAGCAGGAUCAUUAUGUUAGCGAUUCUGGGGAGAUUGUGUUCUAUCAGACAGAUCCACACCUCUUCCAAUCCAAGACUGAAUGAAUCUCAUCAAAAGAACCUACUGUCUCAUUAAUUAAUUAACUAGUUGGUCUUAGCUAGAGUUUUGUAAUGCCAAACAAUCGAAAAAUAGAUUUGAGCGCUUUUUCAUUUGUUAGUCCGUUAUUUAUUUCUCUCUUGAAAAACACAUCAACAAGAAAGAACAGGGCUUUUUCUUCUCGCUUUUUGCGUCGAGGACAUGUUUCAUGCUUUAUUUCUAUUCCUUUUUCUUUCUUGCUUCAGCAACCGUUUGUUUUAAUUCCAAUCAGAGGGGAAAAGACAGUAAUAUAUGGUUUGCUUC